CCCCACCCUCUCUCUCUCUCUCUCUCUCUCUCUCUCUCUCUCUCUCUCUUUUGCCCGACUCCCUCAGGAUAUUUUUAGCACUGAUGAUGAUGGUGGUGGUGAAGAUGAUGAUGAUGAUGAUGAAGAGGAAGAUGUUCCCGGUCGCAUCACGUAUAACGGAAGCAGCAUCAGAGCAACCGGAGCGAGCCGCUGCUGAGUUACCCAGACCUCAGAGAUGAAACCCGGGAUGAAUUUGGUGCUUUCUGUGUUGAUGGCGAUCAGCAUAGCACUAGGUCAUGAUGGAAUCUCUAAACCUCCUGAUCUGACCGAAGAUCCCAGACAUGAGCUCCUGCAGCCGAACACCAAUCCAUCAGGACGGGACAGAACCUCAGCUGGACCCACAACCUCCUCCCCAACUAAAGAGAGCGUCCAACCAGAGACUCCAACAAAAGCUGGACCUAAGAUUCCUUUCUACGUGUCAACCGCUACAGCAGAGACAUUUCAACACUGGCGUAGCUCCACUCUCACCUCUCCAGGCUCAGUGUCAUCCACGUCAAGCUCCACCAUCGUCCAUGAAGGCAGAACUAGAGAGUCCACCUCCACCGUUUCACCUCCAACAGUCCAGGCCUCCAGCUCCACAGACCACACCUCCACCUCUCACCCCCCAUCUGAAUCAGGGACUACAGUCUCCACACAGAACGUAGGUCCCACUCAGACCUCGGCUGGUCUGGGCCCUGCAGGACCCUCACAUCAGGAGUUUCCAUCUGAGCUGAAUGUCGGAGAUGAGGGACUUACGGGCCCACACCACCGCUCCAGAACUCCUUUAGACCCUCUGCUGGCUGGUCUGUUGUCAGUGUUUAUUGUCACCACUGCUAUCGUCUUCGUCGUUCUCUUCUUCAAGUUCCGGCAGCGGAUGAACCACCCUGAGUUCCACCGACUCCAAGAUCUCCCCAUGGUACAGCCACUGACGGAAGCUCACAUCCUGUUCAACUCUUCCAACACGCAGAGAAUGUGUGUUUACUGAUGACUGGAAGGCGGCAGGAAUACUUUUGCCUCAGUGCAGUUUCCGGUUACACCCACGAUGAAAAUGUUGCCCGAGGACUCGCCAUUAUUUUUAAAUCAAACGUUUUCCACAUUUCUUCUGCAUUCUCUCUAGUCCUGCUGGCUCUGGCUGUUGUGGGAAGCCUUUCUUCCCUACCUGAAGCAAAUGAAUCACACUCUGCACUGCACUUUAAAAUGACACAAAUGAUCACACUGCCCCCUGGAGAAAAUCUGGAUUAAUGUUUCACUGUGAACUCAGGUUCUUGAGCGUUUAGCUGGAUCAGGGUAUCUGCAGGUUUAAGGGAGCCAAAUUUAAGACUUUUCAAGACCUUUUUUUAAGGCCACUUUGACCAAAUGUAAGCUAUUUAAGCAGGGCAGCAGUAGCUCAACAGGAUGAGUUGUCCAGUAAUCGGAAGGUUGCAGGUUCAAUCCUGGCUCCGGACAGAGAAUUCUGCUGUUGUUUCCUUGGGCAAGACACUUAACCCACCCUGCCUGCUGGUGGUGGUCGGAGGGACCGGUGGCGCCUGUACUCGGCAGCUUCGCCUCUGUCAGUGCGCCCCAGGGCAGCUGUGGCUACAUCGUAGCUCAUCACCAUCAGUGUGUGAAUGUGUGUGUGAAUGGAUGAAUGAUACACUGUAGUGUAAAGCACUUUGGAGUCUGUACUCUGACAGGCGCUAUACAAGUACGGGUCAUUUAUCGUUUAAAAAAAUUAAAUUUAAGCUAUAAUUUCCAGCUAUUGCCUGGAACCGGUGCUAACCACGCCACGAUUGUGGGAUUAGCCAUCCAGUUACCAUUAAACUUCCACUUCCCCAUGGCGCAAGCUCCCACUAGCUUAACCAGCUAAUGUGCUCAUCUAAAAAUAGCCCCCUUUCACAACCAACUGCAUGUGUACGGUUCCGCUUACGCCAACGUCGUACAUAAAAAUGCUGAACACUAACCAGAAAUUCACGAAAAUUUUAUAGAAAUAAAAUAAUCUUGUUUAUUGGGUCUUUGGUAAUUUAAGACCUCUGGAAACUGUAUUUAAGGAUUAUUUGUAAUUUUUAAGGAUUUUUAAGGCCUUAAAUUUGGAAAAGCUAAUUUAAGACUUUUAAGGACCCGCGGACACCCUGUGGAUACAGAGGCUGAGAGAGGAUCUAAAGGGAAUUGUGUUCAAGCUGCCAACAUGCCCAUAACAAUAAGAGCAUUCAUUUAAAUAUGUGACCAAAUAUUUCAGAGCACUUUCAAUCCAAACUGCUGCCUUAAAGCUGAAUGACGUCUUAAAGUUGACACAAAAAUCAAAGCAAACCUUAGAUUCCUAAUUAUUGUCAUAUAUUUGAUAAAAAAAAACAGUCAAAAUGUAACCACAUCCCAACCUGGAUGUUUUUAGUGCUGCAGCUUGUAAAUAAAAUCCUGUAAUAAAGCUGUGGUUUGAUGCCGUUUGAAGUUGCUGGACAUUAAAUCCACUAAUGUCCUCCAUCAGAGACGCGGCAACACUAAAACACACUUAGAUGAAAUUGUGAAGGUAAAGCAGUGCUAAAUGUGUUGUAAAAUGUAUAAUCACACAUUGUUUCAGGAACAGCUUGGUGUUAUCUUCAUCACAGUAGAGUAAUGAACAUGUGGUGCAAGAAGCAUCGGUUUAAAGCUUCAGUGUUUUCUGUUAGGAGCUGUAAAAACUCAUAAAAUGUAAGACUUGUUAAAUGAAUAAAAUAAUAAUAAAUAAAGCCAUGAAUCCAGA